CUAUUCCUCACCCUGCCGCUAAUUCCCCACAUUCCUUCGUUUGCCCACCAUCUUUCUUUUUUUCUCCCUCUUUCUUCCCUCGUUUGCUUUUCCCGGCUGUGGCGGCUUGUUUUUAUUCUUUUCUAUUUUUUGUUUUUCCUUCACCUUCAUCUUGCUUGGUUUCCCUUCCCAUUUUCCUUCCCCCUUCCUCAUCCUACGAUAUGCCAGCAGCGUCCCGUGAGUGAUGGCGGCCUCCUUCCAGCACCCUGAGGCUGAGCGGGAGAGAAUCAGAGACUUGUCCCGGUACUAUUGCACCGUCGAUCGUCCCGCCCUCCGUCUGGAAGCGGCCGCAGAGGAGACGACUCACUCUGCCGCCCAUGGGGAUACCUCCUCCUCCACUACUCCCGACGUCCGGCUGUCGUCCGAUAUCACUCUCACGGCGCUGGCUCAGCUGGCUGUCUUUCGCUUUGCCUGCAACCGCGCCUUCAUCUCCAUCAUCGAUGGCUCCAAUCAAUAUCUGAUCGCCGAAGCCACCAAAUCCAUCUCUUUGCGCGAUAAGGAUCAGCAUGACCCCGAUGAUGGCAUCUACCUGGGGGUCCGCACCCUCGACCUGGUCUGGGGGGUCUGUCCUCAUUCCAUUGCCCUGUUCACCGGGCAGGAUCCCUCCAAGCUCGUCGACUCCAUCAACGUGACCGCCAAUACCUCCCGUUACGUCGUCCGAGACUUUACCCAGGAGGACUUCUUCAAAGAUCGUCCCUAUGUCACCGGAUGGCCCUAUUUCCGCUUCUACGCCGAGGUCCCGCUGUACAGUCCCGCUGGUCAUGUUCUCGGUUCCUUUUGCGUCAUCGAUGAUAAGCCUCGUUCCGACUUUGGGGAUCGAGAGAUCGCCUCCCUGCGUGAGGUGGCCGAUGCCGUCACCCAGCACCUCGAACACGUUCGCAUUUCCCAUUCGCAUCGCCGCGCCGAGAGUCUUGUCAAGGGUCUGACCAGCUUCGUGAAAGACCAUCCCGCCUUCGACCCGACCAAUGUGCCUGGACCUAGCCAUGGGCCUACGCUGGUGCCCAGCACUGAGCCUGCACCCCCGCAGCCCCUGUCGUUAACCGACGACCCGUUGCGAGAGCCUCCUACGCAGCUCCAGUCCGCAUCCUCCGAAAUGACGGGCGAAUUGGCCUCUUUAUUCUCCGCCGUCACUUGCUCCGAGAUCACCGCCACCUCGACCUCCGUGAACGUACCGGGUCCACGCCCCGUCCCGGUCGCCGUCCCGGAUGAAGUCCUUCCGCCCGACGGAUCGGAGACGCACGAUUCCAGCGUCGUGGUGUCCGACCACACCGAAUAUCCGGUCGUCUCAGUCAUCGAACGCGAGGCCCGCUCCGAAAGCCUAUUUCGCAUCUUCACCCGCGCCAGCCUCACCCUGCGCGACUCGAUGGAUCUGGAUGGUGUGGUGUUCCUGGAUGCCAGUCGGUGUAACGCCGGAGUUGUUCGCCCCGGCCAGCCCGGGUCCUGGGAGCCUCUCCCCACCACCGCCAAUCCCGAGUUCCUCGCCGAUCCCUACCCCAGUCCGGUCGACUUGCCCGGCGUGGGCUCCCUUUCCAACGUAUCGGAGAAGCCGUGUGAGGUACUAGGAAGCGCCCAUCAAGAUGAGGUGAGCGCCAAUCAACCCAUCACGGAGGCUCUUCUCAACCAGAUGAUUGCCGCCUUCCCUCAUGGCCAGUUCUUCAAUUUGCACGACUGGAUUGACGAGGAGGGUGGCCAAUCUCUGUCGCCCUCGCUAGAGGAGCGGUCGGAAGGAGAUCAUACCAUGUCCGAUAUCUGCCGUCGACUGCGCCAGCAUUUACCCGAGGCCUACUGUGUACUCUUCUACCCAUUGUGGGACUGGAAUCAAUCACGCUGGCUGGCGGGUACCCUGGUCUGGACCCAGGCCAGCAAUCGCGCGCUGGGUGUCGAUGAGCUACAUUACUUUAAAGUGUUCGGAGACUCCAUCAUCUCCGAGGUGGCCCGCGUGGAUUGGGCCAGCACCCAGCAGUCCAAGUCGGAUUUCAUCUCCUCCGUUAGCCAUGAGCUGCGGUCGCCACUGCAUGGCAUUUUGGCCAGCGCAGAACUGCUGCAGACAACCCCGCUGCAUUCGAGUCAGGCUCACUGGAUGAACAUGGUCAAGAGCUGUGGAUUGACUCUGCUGGACACCUUGAACCACCUCUUGGACUUCGCCAAGAUCAACAACUUGACGACGACUGAGGAGGCCAGCCCCGACCAGUCCAAACCCAGCGUGACGAACCUUCUAACCGUGUUCGACCUCGACGACCUCAUCGAAGAGGUCACGGAUGUUCAGUACACGGGCCAGCGAUUGGCCCAAGCGGUGGCUCCCUUGACGGGACGCCCAGCGCAGCCGACCUCUAUACGGCUGGAUGGGGAACUCACAGUCGUGGUGCGUGUACAGGAGCGGAGCACGUGGAGGAUACAGUCGGUAGCUGGUGCCUGGCGACGCAUCGUGAUGAACCUGCUGGGCAAUUCGUUGAAGUGGACCAAGGCAGGUUUUGUCGAGGUGUCGCUCUCCAAGGCCCGCCGCGAGUCCAACCCACACACAGUCUUGGCGCAUCUGUCGGUCACUGAUACGGGUUCGGGUAUCAGUCCAGACUUCCUCCGACACAAGCUCUUCUCUCCUUUUACGCAGGAAGACGCUUUAUCGGAGGGUCUUGGGCUGGGAUUCAGCAUUGUGCGCCAGCUGGUUGCCUCGUUAGAAGGCCACAUCGACGUACGCAGCGAAGUCGGCGUGGGCACCCAGGUUGACAUCUAUAUCCCCGUGCGUCCUAGCGCGGCGCAGGCAUCCCGUCGCGGCAGCCCGGACGAACUCGCCACGCCGCUGCCGCCUAUGGCAGCCUGCCUGAUUGGAUUUGACGGUUAUCCCAAUCCGCGGGAGAUCCCCACGGGCAUCCUGCCGGCCGAAGCCAAACGCAAGCUGGCCAUUCGGAGCUCCCUGACUUCGGUGCUCGUUCAGCAACCGGGCUGGACGCUGGCACUGGCCGAAUCCUUGGACCGUGCGCAGGGCGACGUGGCCGUGGUUGAGCAGGGUGAUCUGCACCCGACGCCAGACAAACCAUCUCCCCUUGACGUGAUGGUGCAGCGCGGUUUCAAAUACUUCAUUGUACUGGAUAGCAACAAGCCGUUGCCGCAAAUCGAGGCGCUGGCUCCAAAUGUUGUUCGGGUAUCUCAGCCAUUCGGACCCCAGAAAUUUGACGACGCUAUCCGGCGGGUGCAGACCUUAGCCCGUGAGGCUGCGCUCAAUUGCCCGCCGUCGCGGCCGGCACCGAUGCCACUGCAGCCCUCCCUGUCCGCAUCGCUCGGUCUGACGCCGCCAGGUGCUCCAGAUUCGGCCAUUGAUUUCGCCUCCCCCUGUACGCCGCUGGAGCCUGCGCAUUCUCAUCCUCCCAGUAAAGCUCCAAAGGACAUACAUGUUCUCAUCGUAGAUGACAACGACAUCAAUUUGAAGAUUCUGGCGACGUUCAUUCGAAAGAUUGGUUGCAGCUAUGACACUGCAUCCAACGGACUACUAGCCCUGAACACGUACAAGGAAGCCACGCGGCGCCACGAUCUCAUCUUGAUGGACAUAUCGAUGCCAGUGAUGGACGGCAUCGUCGCGACGGACCAUAUCCGACGAUACGAAAAGAAGAACGGCCUCAUUCCCUCGCGUAUCAUCGCCGUGACGGGCUUGGGGUCGACAGACCGCCAGCAACAAGCGCUGUCGGCGGGGGUGGAUGAGUAUUUGGUCAAGCCCGUGUCCCUGCGCGGGCUGAAGAAAGUGAUGCGGAUUUCAUGAUGACGACUCUUGCACGAUACCUCUUCUCCUCAUGGUUCUGUACAAAAGCAUACACCCUGCGGGGGCCUUGGGGGUGCCCCUUAGUGUGUGAUAUAUUCUUCCAGUAGACAAAUGUAUAUACGAAGAUUUUGCCUGGAUGGCUCGGAUGAAUGAUGCUGU